GCGACUUCCGACUUAUCGGUUCCAGGAGGGCACGUUCGAUCAGUUCUUCAACAUGUUCGUGGAAAGCAAGGUCGACUACGGUGACUACUUCGACCACUUGCUCUCCUGGUACGCACACCGUGGAGACCCAAACGUGCUGUUCAUCACCUACGAGCAGCUGAAGAGAGACACAGCGGGCUGUGUUCUGAAGACUGCGGACUUCCUGGGCAAGGACAAGUACGGCGAGAAGUUCCGAAAAAAUCCAAAGCUUCUAGGGCAAGUCUUGGCGCAAACGAGCGUCGAAAACAUGAAAUCCCUGAAUUCGAAGAUGAAGAACUGGACCGGAUUGAUAGAGUCCGUGCCCGCCGACGCCAGGGAAGAACUGAAGAAGGAACUGAAGGGCAUUUUUGGGGACAUUUGGGACGUACCGGGAAACGCAGGCUUCAUACGCAAAGGUCUCGUUGGCGACUGGAAGAAUCACUUCAGCCCGGAACAGAUUAGGAGAAUGAAGGACCGCAUCGAGUCCAAGACUCGUGGAAGUGACGUAAUGGAUCUGUGGAAAGAUGCAGGGCUCCCUUGAGCUCACCAUCGGACGAACGUUGGGCAAUAAAGGAGCUUUAAGAAUAUCA